GUUUGUCACAGAAAAUAAGAUAAGGCCAUUGAUUUUCAGAAAAAUGAAAAAAAAAAAGUAACUUUGAAAUGGGUCAAUUUGACCCGAAUACCAUACAAGGGUUAAAUUAAUUGUGUCACAAGUGUUACUACAGUCCUCCGUUUUGCACCCCCCCCCUCUUAGUUCCCUGCACACCUAGCAUCGGCUCAGUGGUUCUGGACUGCUACACCAACUCGGCCCUCUUGGACUGGGCCUACGCCGAGGGUGGCCUGAACUACACCGCUACAGCCCAGACCACUAGCGGCCACGUGUCCACCUGUACCUCCAACUUCACCAACUGCGAGCUGAAGGACCUGCAGUGUGGUCGGACCUAUAAUGUUUUCACUGUGGCCUCAAAUGAAAAUUGUAGCAGCCCUCCAAGCACCAUGUUGCAGGUGGAGUCAGUGCCUUGCCUCCCUGGAAAUGUUGUGACCGUACUGAACUGCUCUACCAACACAGCCCUUGUGAAGUGGCAGGCCAGCAUAGGGGCUGAUUACUAUAUUGUCCAAGCCCUCGGCGUGGAAGAACAAGAAUCUAGCUGCGAGACAUUCACACAGUCCUGUGUCCUCCCAGACCUUAUGUGUGGCUUCACUUACAACAUCAGUGUGAUUGCUGUCAAUAGCGUGUGCAAUGUAUCGCAGAGUGACAUGACACAGCUGCAAACAGUGCCCUGUGUACCACAACAGGUGAAGGCCCGGGUGGUUUGUGAGUCUGCCGCUGUGGCGGUCUCCUGGGAGCCCAGCAAAGGGGCAUCAUUAUACACCACAGUUGCCCAGGGCAAUGGCGGCUACGAGUCAGUGUGCAAUACCAACGGGACAACAUGCCUCUUCAAUGACUUGCUGUGCGGCCUAAACUACUCCAUCACUGUUAGUGCUUCAGAUGAGACGUGUAGCAGCGCUAGAAGCUCUGCUGUGCAGCUCAACACAGUGCCGUGCGUACCACAGAAUGUAACAGCAAAGAUGGAGUGCAGUAAUAACACAGGCGUUGUGUCAUGGGAAGGAGAGGGUGUGUCCUCCUACAUGGUGCAAGCUUUUGGGCCCGAUGGCCACAAAAUGCAGUGUAACAGCACCACAACCAGUUGCCAGCUACCCAGCAUGCAUUGUGGCCAGCUCUACAACCUGACAGUCACAGCUCAGGAUGGACUGUGUGACAACAGCCGUGCCUACCUCAACCUACAGUCAGUGCCUUGCAGGCCAACCUACGUCAAGGCUUCCCUAUUGUGCUACUCAAACUCUGCUGCAGUGACAUGGGAGCGAGCCAGUGGAGCGCUCUCCUAUCUUGCAAUGGGUGUUACAGAAAACGGAAGCGACCAGACUGAAUGUAACAACACAAUGACCUACUGUACUCUGAGCAACCUACAGUGUGGACAGACAUACAAUGUGAGCGUCUUCAGCCAGGAUGAGUCCUGCUCCAGUGUGGCGAGCGACAAGGCUUACAUGCGGACAGCCCCCUGUGCACCCCAGGAUGUGGCUGUUAAUGCACAGUGUGAUGAUGGUGCCAUGAACGUGUCAUGGUCCCCCAACCCCGAUGCUCAAUACUUCCAUGUAGCAGCAGUCAGCAACACUGGGGCAAGACUCUACUGUAACUCCAGUAACACUUAUUGCAACAUAAGGGAUCUACCAUGUGGACAGGAAUACAACGUGACUGUGCUGUCCGUGAGAGAUCACUGUGAGAGUAAGCGCAGCGCUGUGGUAAAGACUUCCUCAGCUCCGUGUGUGCCCAGGAACGCUGAGGGCCGUCUGGACUGCGUAUCAAACUCUGCUUGGGUGACGUGGGACGCCUUAGAAGGAGCUCUCAGCUACUUUGUGCUGGCCAAAGGGGUCGGAGGUCACAACUCCAGCUGCACUACCACCUCCUCUCCUUGUAAUGUCCAAGAUCUGAAAUGUGGAACGCGUUACACCUUCCACGUCACUGCUAUCAACAAAUACUGCAAGAGUAAUCACAGCACCCCUUUUGAGAUUGAGACAGGUCCCUGUGCUCUAACAUCCGUUAGUGUAGUGACAGAAUGCGACAGCGACACAAUCCUGGUUAACUGGGAGAUGACAAAGGACGCACCGCUCUAUCUUGUGACCGCUGAAGGCAAUGAUCAAACCCUCAUAUCCUGUAACAGCUCCUCCAACUCAUGUGUACUCCCAAAUAUCCGCUGUGACAUGUAUUACAGCAUCAUAGUAUCAGCUUCUUCGGAUAAGUGCAGUAGCCUCAGAAGCCCACCAAAGAAGAUCAAAACAGCGCCCUGUGUCCCAGACAAUGUGACAGUGACAGCAUCAUGUGAGAAGAAUGGUGCCAGAGUGACGUGGGGACAAUCCCCUGUGGCUACAUCCUACCUUCUGACAGCCACAGGAAGGGAUGGACAUGUUGCGAGCUGCAACACCUCAGUAAGCAACUGCAACCUGACUGAUCUGCACUGCGGACAGCCGUACAGCUUAAACAUCACUGCCAGUGGAGACAACUGCACCAGCAAGCCACACACUUCAACCUACAGAACAGUGCCCUGUGAUCCCUCUGGCCUCGCAGUGGAUAUUAAUUGUGAGACCAACUCUGCCAUUCUGUCUUGGGGUGCCAGUGAGGGUGCUGUGGAGUAUUUUGGCUUUUCCCAAGCUGACAAUGGAGGCAUGCUCUACUGCCACAGCACUGUCCCCUUCUGCACCAUGGAAGGCUUGGAAUGUGGUCACGUUUACAAUUUCUCUGUUAAAGCCUCAAACGGUGUCUGCAACAGCUCGCUCAGUGCACCUCUGCGGGCGGGAGCAGCUCCAUGCGCGCCGACUGCUCUGAAAGUCCGAAUGCAGAAGAUAGGCCAAGCACACUGGGCCAUGACGUCAUGGGACAGCGUCAAUUGUUCCGACGUUGAGUAUCUUGCAAAGAUAACCGGUCAAAUCCAAAACAACCCACAAGCCCUGAUGGAGGUCUUUUCCUACUGGCUGCCCAGGAGAUACUUUGAGUUCCCAAUGCCUUGCAGCACAGCUUACAACCUCACUGUACAGGCCAGAAACUCAGGCGGGGUCAGCAAGCCAUCCACUGCCUUUACUGGAGUCACAGUCCCCUGUUCACCACAGAAUGUGAGGUACAGUGGUAAUAGAGACUCUGCUGUGCUUUCCUGGGAUGCAUCAGUGUUUGCCACAAGGUACACUGUCUACAGUGUGUCGGGGUCAGGCCGUGUUGAGCUUUGCAACACCACUGGGCUCUCCUGCCGGCUGACCAACUUCUAUCCUAACACCACUGAAGUGACAGCAAGCAAUGCAGCGGGAUGGAGCCUACCCAACCAAAAUAUUACAGGUCCAGUACAAGCUCGCAGAAGAAGAGAUUUACGAGCCAGUGAAAUCUUUGCCCAUUUUGAGAAAGAUCUUGAAAGCCCAGAAGUGACUGUGACAGUGAGUGGAGUUUCCUUGUAUGUGAAUUGGACGACAGUGAAGGAUGCAACAGAGUACACAGUUGUGAUUGAGGAGGAACAGAAAGACCAGGAGACCAUUCAGCCACCUAUAGUGGAAACCACGGAAGGAAAUUUUUACUCAGUGACUGACCUCAAGCCUUGGACCACCUACUGCAUCAGGCUUGCAGCCAAAAACACUAUCAAGCAAAGCAACUACUCCAUUAGGCCAAUAUGCAGAAGCACUAGUGCCUCCAAAUAAACCACAGAUCCACUUAUUAAAUAGACACUGGACUCAGCAGAAAUAAGAGUUAUUUGUUUGUUUUCUUCACCCUGUAGCAUCCAUUACACAAGUGUUAACAGUUCAAUGUCUAAAUACUUUAGAAGGAAAAUUGUAAAAUGACAGUAAUUACAACUACAAAGCUACAGCAUCAUUCUUCUGUUUCGACUAUAUCUUACGUACAACGAAUAAAUUGUGAUCAACCCUGAGUAGAACCUUUAGAUUGGAAUGCUUAUGAAUCUUUGUUAGCAAUAGCAUAUAUACAUUUUUUUCAUUAUUGUGGCUGGUAUCAUAGCAUAACAAUGUAUUGCUGAAAUUCUAUUUAUCAAAAAUGGUUUUAUUUUCAUGAUAGGUUAUUAGAUUCUCUGGGUAAUUGUUAAACAAAAAAAAAGUAGUGUAGACGAAUAAACUCAUAAUUUAUCAAGCAAUACUUUUUAAAAACAUCUCAUUUUGUGACCAUGUCGGGUUCUUUUUAACGAUCCCAGAUAUGAAGGAAUAAUAAUAUAAUAUAUAAUAAUAUGAAGGAAGGAAUUUGGGGUGGCAGUAACCCAGUUUGUAGGGAGUUGGGCUGGGAACCGGAAGGUCACUGGUUCAAGUCCCCAUAUGGACCAAAGUACGGAGUGUGGAUUGGUGGCUGGAGAGAUGCCACUUCAACUUCUGGGGACUGCCAGGUGCUCUUGAGCAAGGCACUGUACCCCCCCCCCCAAACCACUCAGGGCACUGGUUCAACUGGCAGCCCCCUCACUCUGACAUCUCUCCAUUUGUGCAUGAAUAGGUCCUGAGAGAGUGUCAAUUGUAAUUUCCCCACUGGGGAUUAUUAUUAUAAAAAUAAAACACCCCUCUGUUUAAACAUUAGUGUUUAAUGUUUUUAUCAACUGUGUGUGCUUCUAUCUAAAGCUUUGAAUAAUUACUGCAGCCCUAGAUAGACACACCUGUGGAACACAUCAGCAACUUACAUUGUUAACAUAGAUCUCAAUGAGUAAUAUCGGCAUUGACUCCGUUUGGCAAUUUAAUGCCACAUAAUGCAAUUUUUUUGUGUUUUCUUUCUUUCUUUGCAACUUAAGGCUUCACUUCAUUCAUUAUGGGAGACUGUUUAGUUUUGAAAUACACUUAUAUGAAAUACAAACAGAUCUUUGGGAAAUAAUUUAAUAGCUUCUCUGAACCACUGGUGUUGAAAUCCAUUAUCUCCACUGGCAAAGGUUGUUUCUAAAGUAUAGAGGUUAAAUCCUGAAAAUUGUUUAU